AUGGGGGACUUUAAUGAGAUUGUACAAGUGGAAGAAAGACGCGGCACUGAUAGUUUAUCCUUGUCAGCUGAAGACUUCAAGAAUUGGAUACAUGACAUGGGGGUGGUAGACUUGCCGAUUACUGACCACAAGUUUACAUGGUUCAGAGGUCGAUCCUGCAGCUCUAUCGAUAGGGUUCUAGUUAGCCUGGAAUGGCUUGAGAAGUUUCCAGAGACUCGGUUACGAGGUGGUCCAAGGGGCUUGUCUGAUCACUGUCCUAUUAUAGUGAAAGAUAAGAGGCAGAGAGAUGGGCCGAGGCCGUUCCGAAGUCUUGACUCGUGGUUUACACAUGACGGUUUCCUCAGGAUGGUCAAGGAGGAAUGGAGAGGACUAGGUAACACGCAAUUCACAGAUAAAUUGAAAGCCUUGUCAGUAGCCCUGGGAAGAUGGCAUAAAGAUUAUUUUGGUGAUAUGGACAAGAAAAUCAUGAAGUUUGAGGAAGAGAUUAAGAAGACUGAUGACAUGGUGGGUGAGGGUGUUUAUGAUGGAACAAUAGAGGCAAGAAGAAAGGCACUUGUGGUUUGCUGUGAGAAAUGGUAUGUAAGAAAGGAACUACAUUGGAAGCAGAUGUUGCGCUAUAGACAUGCGAAGGACAUUGAUAAGAACACGAGGUACUUCCACAACUUAGCUUUUGCGAGAAGGAGAAACAAUAGGAUUGAUGCGCUGCUGAUUAAUGGAAGUUUGAUAAGGAAUCAAGGUAGAAUUAAGAUUGCGAUUAGGGACUUUUAUAAGAACUUGUAUCAUCAGGAAGAGUCUCCUUUGGUGGGGUUCAGGGACGGUCUGGUGGAAAUGAUUGGUGAAGAGGAUGCUUUGGUUUUGGAGGUACAACCGACUCCUGAGGAGGUUAGAGAAGUAGUGUGGGAUUGCGAAUCAUCCAAGGAUCCAAGAAGUGAUGGGUACAACAUGAACUUCAUAAAGAGGUGUUGGGCCAAAAUUGGCGGUGAACUUACAACAGCAGUGUUGGAUUUUUUUCCUCACUUCCAAGUUACUAGCGGAUGCUAA